AUGGACAGACCAAAGAGCGUCACCAUUGCGAAAUGGGGCGCCGCGUGCUCGCCAUGUGCCCUGGCAAAGGCCAAAUGCCUGCGGUCCAGCGACUCCUCGACGGGCUCCAAAUGUGACCGUAAAACGGCCCAGCUUGAGGAAAGGUUGAACAGCUUGGUUAACCUUCUCAAGGCUACUAACUCGGGAGAAGUCUCUAGCUCGGCGAGACAACCUGUUGACAUCCAAUCGGAUACAUCAUGUGUCCAGUCGGAGACAGAUGCUGAUGUUUCGGCACAUUGUCGAACGCCGUAUGGUGACGAUACUACUUCGCCUUUGGAGGCUGUCCCUGACCAGCUGCGCGUCAUCCCGGGCUCUUACAACGUGUAUGCCCCUCAGAUUUGCAUUUGCAGGGCCCAGGUCGGCGAAGUCCCUAUGCCUGUUGAGUCCGAUGAGGCUCUCCUGGCAACCUUCGUCAACAAGCUGAUGCCGGAAUAUCCUUUCGUAACGCUGCGUCCGGGAAUCACCGCUGCUGAGAUGGUAUCGACACGUCCCUUUCUGUUUGCCACGAUCCGGAUGGUCUCAUCGUACCGAAAUCUGAAAUCGAUGAGGGCCCAGAACUAUCUCAUCAUGAAACACAUCUCGGAGCAGAUGCUUAUGCGCUCCGAACGAUCUCUAGAGAUGCUCCAGUCCCUGCUGCUGGUUCUAGGUUAUUACCACUACCAGUGCAUGAUGCAUGCGCAAAUGAGCAACCUGAUAGCACUGGCCAAUAGUCUCGUGGCGGAUCUCGGCAUCAACAGGUUGCCUGAGCUUCAAGAAAGAACAAGGCUCCUGGUCCCGAACCCUGAAGCCCCGAAAGCAAGAACAAGUGACGAGAAAAGAGCCUUGUGUGGUGUGUGGUACAUGAACUCGAUUGUUGCUCUCGCAUUCCAGCGCAUGGACCCCAUAAAGUACACCCCCUAUGCCGACCAAUGCCUCAAGGACCUUGACUCGGCGAAGGAAUACGAGACAGAUUCACUAUUGGUCCUGCUAGUCCGUAUUCAGCAUCUCUCGGAAAGGAUUGCCCAGCUACAUGACAAGGAUAACCUCGAAGACGACCUGACUGGAAUCACCCGGGCACCUAUGAACGCAUAUUUCGGCGUGUUUCAGGCAGAGUUGGACAAGUACAGAACAGCGCUCCCCAGACAACUCAGAUCCAAUAAACUCAUCCUUUGCCAUAUGAACACGGCUACUUUGCGGUUAUGGGAACCUCCCGUUAUCGACAUGGCUCUGUUGGAGAAAAUAUCGACCUCUUUCACGUCUUUGACCAUAACUUCAGCCUCCUCUCUCGACGUCUUCUAUCGCUCCAACGCAGCACUCAAGGCGUGGUUUGAAUACUGGUUGUCCAUCGAGGUCACGGAGUAUUUUGUGUUGCCUAUGCCCGUCUGCGCGCAGCUCAUCAAUGCCGUGACAAUGUUAGCUCGUUGGGCAAAGCUUUCCAGCCCCGAAGCUAGUUACCCGCAAACUGUGGCUAUGGCAACGGCAAGUUCGGCAACACAAAGCACCCAAGGUGCCUCCAGCACUGGAGCGACUCCUGACUCGGUGCCUGUGUUCAAGACGGGGGAUUCAGACCCGGCUAUACCUGCUGCAGUCAGCGCCAUCAAAGCUCAUUUCCUCUCUCAGCCAGAACUCCAAAUCGACAUCCUCAACAUCCUUCAGGCUAUGGGGGCACGGUUCGAAGAGGCCCGGCGAGAAGUUAGCACGAAGCAAGGCGGCGUCUGGGACAACAACAUCUGGGACUUAGCUGCGAGGAAGAUCAGCAUCACACGCCUGAAGCUAGAGAGGUGGGCAGACAUUGUGGCAUCAAUGGGGGGCGAGAGCUUGUUGGGCCGCAGGUACGAAUCGACAGCCACCAGCAAUACUGAAGACUCAGACCUCAGCGAGCCCGCCCCGGAGAGGGACUGGCCGAUGGACGGUAUGGUGGCAGAGAACUGCGCGCAACAACCCCAUGAUGGCUGGCAUUCCAACGCUUCGUGGGCGCAUGAUCUGUUCGAGGGGCUGGGUCUUGACCAGAACUUCUUCUUCGACGGUCCGGGAGACUACGGUACUGUCGUUUUGAACAGCCUAGGGCCCUCGGGUGUAUGA